CCAAAGUCAGAGAGGAGAUGGCUACUGCCAGGGUAUGGCCUGCACUUCUGUGGAUGGCUUUGCUGCUCUUCUCUCCAGAUGGCAUGCUGGCAGCCACUCAGAAAUCUAUAGUGACUUUGAAUCCACCAUGGAACAGAAUAUUUAAACGAGACAGUGUAACUCUUUUAUGUCAUGGGAACAACUCUAGUAAAGCCGGCCCCACUGAGUGGAUCCACAAUGGCACCAUUUCCAAAGUGACAACUUCACAUUGGGACAUCGUGAAUGCCAGCUUUGAAGACAGUGGGACAUACAAAUGUAAGACCAAUGGACUUUAUCAAAGUGAAUCUGUGCACCUGCAAGUGUUCAGUGAUUGGCUACUCCUUCAGGCCUCUGCUGAGAUGGUGAUCGAGGGUGAGCCCCUCAUCAUCAGGUGUCAUGGCUGGAAUAACCGUAAUGUGUACAUGGUGAUCUACUACAAAGAUGGCACAGCUUUCAAGUAUGUGUACUACAGUUCAAACAUCACGAUCACAACAAGUGCCUCACUUAAUGACAGUGGCACCUAUCACUGUGAUGGCAAAGUUCAGAGGUGGAGACGUCACUCAGAGGGCCUAAAAAUUACUGUGAUAAAAGCUUACCAAUCCAGGUAUUCCUGGCUACAACUUACUGUUCCAUUGGUGGUGGUCAUGCUGUUUGCUCUGGAUACAGGGAUAUUGUUCUCAAUCCAGGAGCAGUUCAAAACAAUCUUGAAGAUUCGGGAGACUAGAAAAAGUGACCAACUUAAAUCCACUCCUCAAAGUAGCUAAUGUCUUUGCUAGAGAAACAAUGUGCCCUAGAAACACUUUACAGCCUACUCAAUAGCUUUGCAAAUGUCAAACAUAAGUCACACUAUACACUGAGAAACCCAUAUUCAAAGAUGUGCAGUGUUUCAAAGAUGUGUGUGUUUCAUUAAACCACCUGGAACCGGUUAGCAGCUUAUAAUAUAACUCAGUAAACAUUGGUAGAAUAUGUGAAGAAAUGAGUAGAUUCAUGUAAGUGUUUGUAAAAUAGAUGCAUAAUUUAAACAAAAUAAACAUGAAACUGUGUAACAAGAUA